AUAGCUGCACACAUGCAGCACCUUAGCAUAGCCAUAUAGCAUAACAGUCCAUCAGAAACCUAACACAGAGGUGCAGUCAUAAUUUGUGCAGAAAAACACUUCUGCAAAUCUAGAGAGAGAAAACAAAACUUCAAAAAAAAUCUAUAGAGAGAGAAACAAACAACCAAACAAAGUUUUUUUUUCAAAAAAAAAAAAAGAAUUGGGGUAGCAAAAACAACAACAGCAGCAGCUACAGACCUCUCUGCUCAUCUGAACCAUUAGUUUUAUCCAUGUACAGAAGAUUCUGCAAUGCAAACACACCUUCUCUCUUUCUCUCUCCUCCUUUGUGGGCCCCUUUAAAAUAACUAUUUCCCCCCUAACUUUCAUUCAUAUACUGCACUUCCCUUUUCUCUCAAAACCCAUCUCUCUCUCUCUUUUUUUUUCUUUCAUCUUCUACUUGUACAUUUUCCUCUGUUUUUAUUCACUUGCUUGUUCAGUUUUUUUUUGACAUAAAAAAGUUGCAGACUUUUUUCUUGUGUUGUUAGUUUUCAAAGUGAUGAGCACUGCUACAGCAACAGUAGGAGGUGGUGGUGGUGGAGGAAGAAGUAAAUUCCCAUUUACAGCAACACAAUGGCAAGAACUUGAACAUCAAGCUCUAAUUUAUAAGUAUAUGGCUGCUGGUGUUCCUAUUCCUCCUGAUCUUCUUUUCACCAUCAAACGUAGUCUUGACUCUUCUCUCUCCUCCAAGCUCUUUCCUUACCAACCUUCUCCUUUGGGAUGGAACCCAUAUCAAAUGGGGUAUGGAAAAAAGAUAGACCCAGAACCAGGAAGGUGCAGAAGAACAGAUGGGAAAAAAUGGAGGUGUUCAAAAGAAGCAUACCCAGAUUCAAAGUACUGUGAGAGGCACAUGCAUAGAGGCAAAAACCGUUCAAGAAAGCCUGUGGAAUCACCUUUGACUACAACUUCAACUACUGUUUCUAAUAACAACAAUAAUAAUAAUAAUAAUAAUAAUUCUGCUGCAAAUUCAUCACUGACAGUAGCAGCUGCUGCUGCUGCAGCAUCUUUGACCAAUCAAUCACUGCUUAAUAAGAAUCCUUCUUCUGUUUCAACUUCUCUCUUUUCUCUUCCUUCCUCUGAUUCCUCUUGUAAUUCUCACCUCCUUUAUCCCCAUUCUUCUUACAAUCACAAGGACUAUAGGGAAAGGUAUUAUCAAGGAUUAAAAGAGGAGGUGGGAGAGCAUGCAUUUUUCACAGAGAGCUCAGGAUCAAGUAUGAGAGGUUUUUCAGGUUCAUCCAUGGAUGAAAGUUGGCAAAUUGGUGGUGGAAGUAACAUAGAUCAUCAUCAACAACAACAACAACAAUCAAAACAAAGUGGUGGGUACCCUAAUUACUUGCAGCAGCUUCAAAGUAAUAGUACAACUAGUAAUAAUGGUACAUCAGCAAAGCAGGAGAAGCAAUGCUACAUUUGGGGAAGAGAUUUUAACUGUGAUUUAUCAAUGAAGGUUGAAGAAGAAAGAGAAAACUUUCAUGAAAAAACCACCCACCAUUUCUUUGAUGAAUGGCCUAUUAAAAGUGGUGGAAGAGGAGGAAGAGAUUCUUCAUGGCAUGAUUCUUCUUCAACUACUCAACUUUCCAUAUCCAUUCCUUCUUCUACUUCUCAUCAUCAUGACUUUUUCCUCACAAAUUCUAGGGACUCCUAAUUUUAAUUAAUGAUGGGUUUGAGUUUUUCAAGAGCUGGGUGUGAGUGGGACUCUGAAUCAAAGGUCACCAGAAAAAGAGAGCUGUUACUGAAACUUGGUGGGUGGGGGUCAGUCUGCUACUUCUGCUGUUACUUUUCUUUGUUUGUUUGUUUAUCCUCUCUUUUUUUUUAAUUUUUUUUAUCCUUUUUUAAGUUUUACACUUUUGUGUAGUUGUAUCUGUCUAUCUUUCUCUGUAAGUUGUGACUGAUAGGACUUGUUACUGGGCUAUGUAGAAGAACAGAAUGCUUUUUAUUGGUUUUUUCUGCAAAGUGUGACUGACUCAUAUUGUGUGACAUAUUUAUCUUUCAA